AUGUCAGGGUCGCCGUCAUUCAACUCAAUUGCCACAACGGCCACUGGCCGUUCUUCCCCACUGCCGGAAACAAGUAAUAUCCGCCGGUAUCCCAACAUUUCCCGUCAGCAACAUCAGACUGCUACACGCACGGCCUACCGAGAACGCACAAAGAAACGCGAUGCCCCAGAGUCUACUCCCGCCGAAGUCGCAGCAAAGGCGCAGCGCCAAAAAGAGGCCAAGGAGCAACACCAGAAAGCGCUAGAGGCAGCCAACGCGGAAGUCUGGGCCGUCGCCGAGAAGUUGUCUGCCGACCUCUGCGAUCACCCUCCGAAAUACUACUAUCAACAGCUGCUGCAGCAGAGCAAGUCCGCAGAUUCGUCUCAGGGUGUUAAUCUGUGGAAUGCAUACCUUUCAAAGGAAACGAAGCUACUGAACGCCGAGAAAGCCGACCAGGGCAAGAUGCGCGAACGCUCCGGCAAUUACUCCGCUACUCUCAGCGAGAAGUGGAAGAGCAUGACGCAGGAGCAGAAGAUUGAGUACACGAAGGACGAUGUGGAGAAACUUACGGAGCGCCGAGAGAACCAGAAGUUCGCCCCUCACAAUGUUUCGAUCAGUUGCUUCCACGACAGCCGGACGUCGCUGGAGAAGAUCGAGCGUGAGUUGAAGGCACUUCACGAGCGAACAGGAAUGCAUGUUCUCAUGGGGUGUGUGCGGGGCGAUCAGGGUGACUUCAUGGCCCCGCACAUAUGGACAACGGACGAGAAGUUGGAGGACUUCCAGCUAACGCUCGGCAUGGAGUUUGGGCAGUUUGUCGGAAAGUUGGAGUCAUUUGUAAUUGCGGGCCUACCUGGUGCAAAGAAGUCUGCUGUCCAGGAUCUCUUGGACAUGAAGACCAGGAUCAGCAACCUGAUCCUCAAUGCCCUUCAGGAGGCGGCAAAGCCAUAUGUCACUAAUAAAAUGAACUAUGAAAGUUUCAACACCGCCAUCACUCAUAAGCUCGGCCUUGUCAUCGAGAACUGGCCGCUUCCGGUUUUCCAGGCGCCCGGCAAGUUCAACAGCAUGGCUGAACUCAAGACAUUGUAUAACGCUUGGAAGUCUGGCCAUGCCCACUUCCGGCGGCUUUCCCACGACGAGCUCGAACGUCGCGAGAAGGAAAACUUUGCUCCUCCCCUGCUUGAUGCCUCGGAAAUUGAGACGGCGGCACCUGCUACCCCCUCCGCCGACAUUUCUCGUACCUACGAGAAUGCAUUCCCGGUCGCGGAUGCCCCCGAGCGACCCGCGAAGAAGCCCCGUAAGGAUAAGGGCGCGAAGCGCGGCCCUAACGCAAGGACCAAGAACCGGGCGGCACAGGCAGCUUCAACACCAGGGCAGGACUAG